CAGCAUGUGCACCGCCGCUCUCUCGUCUCAGGCUAACGCUUCCCCCUCUCCUCCAUAAUCUCCCCAUUUAUACCUCCUUUCAUCCUUUGCUUAAGGAUUGGACUGUCUCCUUCAGCAACAUGUAUUCCCUGGAUGAUUUCGGUGAACAGAGUAUCUGCCAGGCGCGGGCCUCAGUGAUGGUCUAUGACGAUGCCAGUAAGAAGUGGGUGCCCAUCAAGCCUGGGCAGCAGGGCUUCAGCCGCAUCAACAUCUACCACAACACUGCCAACAACACCUUCAGAGUGGUGGGUGUCAAACUGCAGGACCAGCAGGUGGUGAUCAACUACUCCAUAGUAAAGGGUCUGAAAUACAAUCAGGCCACUCCAACCUUCCAUCAAUGGCGUGACGCUCGCCAGGUCUAUGGGCUGAACUUUGCCAGUAAGGAGGAGGCCACUACCUUCUCCAACGCCAUGCUGUUUGCCCUCAAUGUACUCAGCUCACCUGACGGUGGAGGUCCAGUCGUCCAGCGCCAAAACGGGCCCUCCUCAGACGAAAACGAGGCACAGAGGAGGAUGCUAGAGCAACACCAGAUGCAGGCGCACAAGGAGAGGGAGCGACGAACGUCAGGAUCAGCAGCAGGUCCCCCUGUCUCUGCAGGUCACCCAGCUAUGCUGUCUGUGGCGCCUCCUCCAGCGGCGGUCCCGCCACCCAUGGCUGGUCCUCCAGCCCCGCCACCACCGCCUGGUCCACCGCCCCCAAUGGCAGUGCCCCCACCCAUGCCCCCUCCACUGCCCACUGGUGGAGGGCCUCCUGGGGGGCCGCCUGGGGCCCAGCACCAACCCUCAGGACUGGCUGCAGCGUUGGCUGGAGCCAAACUACGUAAAGUUCAUAGGCCUGUUAAUGGUGAUGAAAGCAGUCCGCCCGGAUCAAGUGGCAAAAGUGACUCCAACCGGUCUAGUGGUGGCAGUGGUGGUGGUGGGGAGGGACUGAUGCAGGAGAUGAAUGCCUUACUAGCUCGCAGACGGAAAGCUUCAGAGAAACCUGAUGAAGACGACUCUGGUGGUCGGGGGCAGCAGAACUCGACAGAUGCUGUGAAGAAGCCAUGGGAGCGAUCCAACUCUGCAGAAAAGUCCUCACUGGUAUCCAGGGUCAGACCCAUUGGUAGCACUAGUGAAGCAGACACAGAAUUUGACAGGAUGAAACAGGAAAUUUUGGACGAGGUCGUACGUGAGUUGCAUAAGGUGAAAGACGAAAUCAUUAAUGCCAUCAGACAAGAAAUCGGCAGAAUCAGUACAUCCUAAUCUCAUCCGAGCAACAGUAGGAGGAGAGCAAGAGGAGGAGCAGGAGGAGGAUGGACACGCAGAUGCACAGACACGAGGACCGGGGGAAUGUUCUCUCAAUGUUUCUGUGACCUCACGUUGCCAUGAUGCAAGUUGCAGAGAUGUUGUGCCAACAUUUGAGUCUGCUGGACAGCAAAAAAUGGAAGAAAGAAACCGAGAUAAGACAGAAGGGAUUAAUGAGUAAGAGGAAGCAGAAGGAACAGAAGUGUGGAUUAAAGAAAGAUUAAAGGACUGAUGAACUCAACAGAGGAUGAAAAAGCUACGUAAAAGAUGAAUUGAGGAAUGGAUGAACAUUCGUGCUGAGUUUGGUGUUGUGGUCCUCUCUGUGCACCUAUAGACUCAGUCAGCCCGGUGUUGCAACUCUUUGUUCUCUGUUCAGUCCAAGUCUUGAGGAGAAAAUAUUUUUGUUUUCUAAGUUUUUACUGUUUUAUUAUUUAAAAAAAACUGUGGUGAUAAUGAUGAUGCUGUUGAUGACAAUGAGUAUUUUAUUGAUAUUAUAGAAGGAGAAAGGAAACUUGCACACCAUUUAUGUCAGCCUUUUAUAUUUUCUAUUAUCUUGUUUUUAUUUUGUUUAGUUUAUCCCUAUUAACUAUUUGAUGACAACAAGCACAAUAUGGGCAAAAUGGUGCUGCAGAUACACCUGCCCCCAACUGGCAUAUUUUAAAAAAAGAAACAACUUUUUAUGACCUUGUUCAUACUGGUGUUGUGUGUCUAACCUUUUCUCUCCAGAGAUGUUGGAAAAACUGUAAUGUUUAAAUCACAAUUAGCCUUUGAAAUUACCCCCCUUUUCCUCCACAUCCAAGGUAUAACACGUUACAAAUGAGCAAUCCAUUUUUUUUGGCAAUUAAUCAAUGAAAUCAAUAACAGAAAAAAUAACAGUCUGCUCUACUACUCUAGUGUGACCGAGGUAAAGGUUUCUCUCUACCUGUUCAGAUGUGUGAGAUCAUUUAAAACUUGGGGAUCAUUCACAAAACAGGCCGAUAACUGUAAAUGUGCCACCUGGUUUUACCUAGAUAUAAAACAAUGUAGUACUAUCUAUUAGUCACCCUAUACUUUGUGAACCCCCUGAGUAUGCAUGAAACCCCACCGCUAUAAAUUCGUUUUUCAUUUGAUUUGAGAAGUAAUAAAAAAAAAAAAAC